AUGACCAUGUCUUCGUUCACUUCUCCGGGCAUGGCACAGUUUUGCCCCAAGAUAUCCCGCCGAAAGCUGCCAGACCCAGAGCGAUACAUUCCUUUUGUCGGCGCCUCUGGCCCCGAGCAUGUCGAAAAAUCUCAAGACCAUGCCCAUUCAGGUGGCACAUGCAGCGAUGCAACUGUCCGAGGUGCUUCGGCGCGUGAAAAUUGGCUCAUGGAUCCCAAGGGCUACACAAUUCUUACGGCGUGCGGGCCAACGCAAACCACGCGCGCCCUACGCUUCGAGGAGGGGAAAGUCUAUGGAACUCUUACUUACACCCUCUUCAAAUCUCUUGACAGACUAAAGUCGCUGGCUAUGAGUCAUAUGGCCAUCUUCCAGUUCAUCUGCGCCAGGUUCAAAGCUAUGAAGUCUGACCAGACCCCUCAACUAAAGGGGACUGGCGACUUUUCAUUUUUUGGACAUUUGCAAGGCUCGGACGAUUCCUUCUUCCCCUUGGUCGUCUUCAAAAGCGGAAAGAUCAUGGUCCAGGCAGGGGAGAUAAUGGGAGUUCAUGAGAACGACAAGCUAGUUUUAACUCCCCUGAGUACUUUCACCGACGAAAUUUGGGACAGCACGUAUGUGCUUGCAACUGCCCAAGAUGUGGGCGGAGUGACAGCCAAUGUCAACCCCAUCAACCCUACCUCAAAGAUCGAUGCUGGCUGGGUAGCCAGACCGUUGAAACUGUGCCAGCAGGUUUCUACUACGACAGAUGGGACAGCGAAACGAUCGAGUCAGGGGAGAUCCUUGCAAGAAAACCCAGUGUUCCUACCCAGCUUCACAGAAGCCACAGCACCUUUCAAAGCCAAAAUCAACGGCCAGGGUGGGUUUGAUAUAGAAGAUGGACAGGGGCAACGGGUGGACUUUGGUGGGCUCUCGCUGCUGCCAGCUCAUUCCCCAACCACACGCCCUCAGAUCCUUCGUGUUCUGGCAUACCUCUCCAGAUACCACGAGAUCGUGAGUAUGAGGCCGUCUACAGAGAAUGAGGUACUUCGAGCCAACGUCGACGUCAAGAUAUGCAACGAGUCGGAGACUCCGUUUCCAGACACCAAAAUAAUUAACGUGAAAAACGAAGAACAAGUUUGUCUGUCUAUUGUCAACAACGGCAAGGCUCCGGUGUUUGUGCACAUUCUUUAUCUUUCAGAAGACUGGGAAAUUAAAAACCUCCUAGCAAACGAGAAUACGCGACUUUUCUCUGACAGCACCGUCACGGGCGAGCAAGAUCUCACUGAAAAGCAGAUCGAGCUAGUAGUGAGGAUGACGAUCCCAGAACAGAAUAUUCUCCGUGGCAUUCACAGCUGUGAUGAUAUUUUCAAAGUGUUCGUCACCACUCAGCCUGCGCCAUUUGCGUACCUAUCCGCGGUUAGACCUCUACUACGAGGGUCGCCGACCAAAAUCGAAGACAGGUUACGAGACUCUUGGACAGCGUGGACGUUCCAUAUUCAUACAGAAUUAGAGCAGGCACUAUCUCUUUGA